CCAAACACCAGAGAGCCCUCUUCCAUUCAUUCUGCCAUUCAGCAAGCUCCCUCCUUCGUCCCUCUGCCGAACGUCCAGCACUCUUCAGGAUGUCGUCCAAGCCCGAAGAGACCUCAGCGGCAGCUCCAACCGAGCCGCCAGUAGCUCCAGCGCCGCAGACCGAAGCUCCAGAACAGCAAGCCGAAGCUCCCGCAACUUCCCCCGCGGAGUUCAAGCAAGAGACCGCAGCCCUCGAGACUCUGGAAAAGAAAACAGAGAACCUAACGCUAUCCGAGGACAAACAAACUGCUCCGGGUGCCAAAGACGAGAAACUCGAAGCCGCCGUAGAGUCGACGCUGCAUCCUCCACCGGCAGUCCCAGAAACCAGCACCAACACUGCUGCCGCCGCUGCCGAAACCGAAGCCAAAACCGAAGCCACACCCGCUUCCUCUUCACCAGUCUGGCCCGAGACAGGACCCGACCACCCCCUCACCAAGCUCUACGACCUCGUCCCCUCGCUCACAGAAGAAGCCGCGCACAACGAAGUCUUCGGCGUCACGCUCUCGCACUCGAACCCCUUCCACACCAAACUCAUCCUGCAGAAAUUCCUGCGCGCCAACGCAAACGACCUGGACAAGGCGAAGCAGCAGCUCCUCGAGACGCUCAAAUGGCGGAAGGAGUUUGAUCCGGUUGGCGCGGCGGAGGCGAGCUAUGAGAAGGAGCGGUUUGACGGGCUGGGGUAUCUCAUCGAGGUCAAAGGGGUGCCGGAGAGUAAGAAUGAGAAGGACGUGGUGACGUUUAACAUCUACGGGGCGGUGAAGGAUAAUAAGAAGACGUUUGGGGAUUUGGAUGGCUUCCUCCGAUGGCGCGUCGGCCUCAUGGAACGCUCCAUCCACGCCCUGGACCUCGCCCACGCCACCGUCCCCAUCCCCGACUACGGCACCGGCCCGGACCCCUACCAAUCCUACCAAGUCCACGACUACCUCUCCGUCUCCUUCAUUCGGCAGGACCCCGUCGUCAAGGCCGCAACCAAGAAGACCAUCGAGACGCUCGGUCGAUACUACCCGGAGACCCUGUCGCGCAAGUUCUUCGUCAAUGUGCCCGUCAUCAUGGGCUGGAUCUAUAACGCCAUCAAGUUGAUUGUGGCCAAGGAGACGGCCAAGAAGUUUACCGUGUUGAGUUAUGGGGAGGGGUUGAGGGACGAGCUGGGGGAGGAUAUCCCGAAGGAGUAUGGUGGGAAGAGGGGCGAGUUGAAGGAGGUGGGUCAGGGGAUGAAGUUGGUUUGAGGAGAUGGUAGCUGCGUGGGGAGGGUGAUGGGGAUUGAGGAAAGGACGUAAUGGCAGGGGAAUAGUAAUGGCAGGGGGAAUGGAUAUGCGUAGUGAUUAGCAAGAAAAGGAGGCGCUCGGUAUGGGUUAGGAUUUCUAUUAGGCUAGCAGUUCAACACACAACCCACCUCCUAUACGACUAGAUAGCAUAUAAACACAGCAUCGAUCAGAGUGGAAGCUCCGUUCGAGUAAUUCCUGACGACGAAUAUAAUAUUCUCUAACGUUAUG